AUGGCUCACCUGGCUCACUUGGCUCACAUGGAUCACCUGGCUCACAUGGCACACUUGGCCCACUUGGCUCACCUUUCUCACCUGGCUCUCCUGGCUCGCUUGGCUCACCUGGCUCACUUGGCUCACAUGGCUCACCUGGCUCACCUGGCUCGCUUGGCUCACAUGGCUCACCUGGCUCGCUUGGCUCACCUGGCUCACUUGGCUCACAUGGCUCACCUGGCUCACCUGGCUCAUCUUUCUCACCUGGCUCACCUGGCUCACUGGGCUCGCCUGGCUCACUGGGCUCGCCUGGCUCACUUGGUUCAAGUUGCUCACCUGGCUCACUUGGCUCAGCUGGCUCACUUCGCUCACCUGGCCUCCUGGCUCUCCUGGCCCAUGUCGCUCACUUGGCUCACCUAG